ACUUAUUUUAACUCUUAUUUAUAUAAAACACAGGAAACAUUACGCUUAGUCCGAUCUCCAUGCAACUAAUGUAUUUUCACGACAUUUACAAAUUUGACUAACUAUAUUUUAUAUUUAUUUAUUGUUUGUACAUUCAAAUUUUGCUAAUGAUUUUAAAUACUUUUAUAAUAUGAACUUUUGAUAUUUGAAGGAAGAAAAAGUAUUAUAUAACCCUCCCUGUUGAAUACUAAAUAUUUCCCUAUUUGUUAAUUGAUGUUUGGGAAACGAAUGAAAUAGCAAGUCUCCACUCUUUCCAACUUGAAAAUUAAGCCCUGGAAAAGAAUUCCUUCUUUACCAUGUUAAUAUGUACCAAAAUUAUUAGUUUUCUAGAAGCCUUAUAUGAUCUAGCGACAUUUAUUAUAUUUAUAACUUAAUUCCAGGUAGAAUGUCAAUCCCGGACAAGAACUGGCAACCACCCUUUGUUGUUCUGGACACGACUGCCGGGGAGGUGUUAGUUGAACUUUAUUGGAAGCACGCUCCUCUCACAUGCAGAAACUUUGCUGAACUUGCUAGACGAGGAUACUAUAAUGGAACUAAGUUCCAUAGAAUUAUCAAGGAUUUUAUGAUCCAAGGCGGGGACCCGACUGGUACAGGGCGGGGCGGAGCUAGUAUUUAUGGAAAAUGUUUUGACGAUGAAAUACAUUCUGAUCUCAAACAUACAGGAGCUGGAAUUCUCAGUAUGGCAAAUAGCGGCCCUGACUCUAAUGGAUCUCAGUUUUUCAUAACUAUUGCACCAUGUCAGUGGUUGGACAGUAAGCACACAAUAUUUGGAAGAGUACAUACAGGCAUGAUGACUGUAAAGCAGAUAGGACAGGUUGAGACUGACGAGAAUGACCGUCCUAUCGAUGACGUCAAGAUAGUACGCGGAUCAGUGCGUAUGAGCUAAACAUGUGUUAACAAGAUACAUAUGACAACAAAGCAUUUUCCAGCAGGAUAAGACUGCUUGGCGGAAUCAUUUUUGUAUCAGUUUAUUUCUGAUAUUUUGUACCUGAUAAUAAUAGACGUUAGAACAAGUCUGGUGUGUAAUGUGUACUCGUCUGGUAUGCUGCAGAAACCAGAAUGAACCUUUGUCUGGUCCACCAGACGUCAUGUAUUUGUGAUCGUAUUGUAUUUAUAUUCGUAAUAUAUUAAUAAACUAUGUUUCAGA